AUGUCCUUCAACCGAUUUCGUUGUUUGGAAAAAGUUCAUCAAACAACUAAACGAUCAAUGUCAGUGGGUCGUGUCUAUCGUAAAUCAUUCACAGUAUGUGGCAGUGAAGACUUUAUACAGAAUGUAUUAAAAAGUGAUAUUCCUGUGAUCGUCAACUUCCAUGCAGAGUGGUGUGAGCCUUGUUUAACAUUAACACCAAUGUUAAAAAAGAUGGUUGGGGACUCACCGUCUGUACAUUUAGCAAUAGUGGAUGUUGAAAAGAAUGCUGAUUUGGUUCACACAUUUGAGGUAAAAGCAGUUCCAGCUGUUUUAGCCAUUCGCGAUGGUCAUGUCAUUGACAAAUUUAUUGGACUCAUUGACAAUGACAUGAUCAAUGAAAUGGUGAAAAAAAUAUCUAAGCCGGAAGAAGUAUAG